AUGGCUCAUUCAGUGAAAACGUUUCAAUCACAUAUCUUCCUCGUAGAUCUAUCGUUACCCGACACUGCUGAUCAACUUCAAGGAAAAGUUGCGGAGAUUCUGACUGCUUUUCAGACCGGCGCACUUACUCACUGUGAUCUUGAUAAAAAUUACAAUGACAAAUUGUGUUUGGAAUAUGAACUGAAUGUUUCUUCUGAGUAUUUAACAACUAUCGACGAAUGGAAAUUCAAGGAAGAAUCACAAAAAUUUUAUCCUCGUCCAAAUGAAGAAUGGGAAGCGAAUGAUAGUUAUUUCCCACGGUUCGAGCAUCUUCAACGGUUGACUCUACCCAGUGGUUCGUAUUCGACAAAGAUUUAA